GCCUGCGCAAUUCGAAGGGCGACAUAACCUCGCGGUACAAAAAAUUGGAAGAAUUUUUGAAGAAGUGAUUAAUUAAGUAUUGUAAAUAAUAUUGCUGUGACGGUGUCAGGAUCACGCGCGGUCUCUCGAACGAUGGCCGACGUUAAAACGAUCGGCAAAAAAGGCAGGAAGGUUUGGCGCCGAGGUGAGACGCCACUGUCUGAAAAGGUCACGUCACGGACUGUAGGCAAUGGUCAUGUUUACGAUCGAGUAAGAUUUGUCAAUUUAAAGUUUUAUUUUGACUAGUGAAAGCGAAGAGGAAUACGUUCGCGACAUUUGUUCCUUUAUUUUACUUGUUUUUCUCGGCUACUACGUGCGCACGUCUCUUAGCGAAGUACGUGACGCUUCGCGCUACGCGCGCAAAUUACGUCGUGCAGUUAAAAAAUGGUUCGCGUUGUUGAAAUGCUUGCAUGAAAUAUCGCGAAACGUUACGUGCACGUCGAUGACAGAAGUACAAAUCGGUAACGUCGAGGCUGGCGCAUCGCGGAAGAUGACCACUACGUGGCAUCAACAGGUGUUCGCGCUCGACGCAAAGUACAAUACACUGCGAGCUAAUAAGCUCCCUAGUCUAGGCAUGUUGUACAUUCGUCGGAGAAAUCAACUGCUUCGUGAGAAGUUUUCUACGGAUCCAGAGAUUGGCGCACGGUACCUGAAAUUGCGAUCGGAAUUAUUGCGGCGACGUUACGGAGAAAGGCUGGAGCAAAACAGCGUGGGAAGUCACACGAUAAGCGAGGAAUCGUCGGAGAACAGAGCGAGACAUCAACGUGUACAACGAAGAUCGACAGCGGAAAACUUCGCAUUCGCUGGGGUCCAUCAUGUUUUCGAUCAGCAUAAGGCGCCUGUAACAAUGCUCAAGUUUGCCAACAAUGAUAGGUCCAAAUUAUGUUGCGCGUCGCUGGAUGGUACUUUGUCUAUAUGCGAAGUCGUUGGCACACCUCCGAAGGUGAUCGCUCUUCUGGAGGGUCAUCGUAACGGUGUGACUGCGCUCGAUUGGAGCAUCAGCAACGAUCUGAUCGUUUCUUCCUCUUUCGACGCGACAAUAAGAUUGUGGAGAGUAUCCGCGGAUGUAGAGCCAAUUUGUUUACGAGUAGUGGACGAUCAGCAGCGAGCGGAGGUCUUGUGCUGCAAUUUCAUACCCGCUAAUAAUAAUUUAAUAGUAGCUGGCAAUUCUCAAGGACUGAUUCAGAUUCUAAACGUAUCCACUGGAAUAUAUAUGCGCGGUGGAUCCUGUAAAAUCGGUGGAAAGAUUCUUUCCCUGACAUGUGAGGGCAGCGGUGGUUCAGUGAUCUGGGCAGGCAAUGACAGAGGUGUUAUAGUGGCGUUUCGAUUGGAACCUGGUAUAGGACGAUUGACAAAGUUGCAGAGAGUGCAGGAGACUGGCGGUAUGAUAACCAGUCUCUCCUGGCGCUCCUGGCUCUCGAAGGAUGCUCCUUGGGCCGCGCUAUUAGUAAGCAGUGCGUGUAACGCCGUGCUAUUGUAUCGCGUCGUAGACAAUCACGGUUCUUUAUAUCUCUGGAGGAAGUACCCUAUCAAGCAUAGACUUUAUUCUUUGAGAUCUACCUUCUGUCCGCAAAUGGGUGCGUGUUUAAUAGCCACGGGAUCGGAAGAUGGUGCCGUUCACUUGUUGGAUUCAGCGAGAGAGGGAAAGGCUGCUAGGAUCAAUCGACUACACGGUCACGCAACGCCCACGUUAUCUUUAUCCUUUAAUUAUGACGAAUCUUUACUCGCAUCUGCGGAUCAUGACGGAUUGAUUAUCCUAUGGCGAAAUCGCCAACGUAAUUUAUAAAAUAUUCUAUGAAAUUUUCAUUGAAUUAAAAAAAAAUCAUGUUUAAAUUUUUCGAGCCAUGAACCAAAAUUAUUUUAGAAAUAUUACGAUAUAAAUAUGCUGGCAAAAAAUGCAAUGUAUAUAAUGUAUAGGUUCAUUUAUAGAGAUCUGGAGACCAAGAUUUUAGUAUUAUUAGGUAUAUACAUUUGUACAUAUAAUUGUAUAUAAUAAAACACCUAUAUUUGAAGAAAAAUAAGAUACUGUAUAUAGAGAAUUAGGAUAUUUAAAAAUGGAAUAAACUGUAUAUCUUCUGUAUAACAAUAUAUUAAUUGUUCUCUAUUUUAGCUUAUGUCAUAGUGUGUGAGCACAAAGCAGUAUCAGUAAUAAUAGGUGUGGUAAUAGCGAGAGACAUGAGAGCAUCGCAGUGCUACAGCAUAGCAGCGAUUAGUUUGUAUAUCCUCUCAAUAUCGUGUGCACUCUUGAAGUAACAGUGGCACAAGUUUCCACACGGUUUUCGUACGACGCUAAAGUAUAUUUGCAUUUCGAUAGUUUUUCAUUGAUUCGUUUCUACUUACAACAGUCUUCGUGUCCAGGACAAGUAAUUAUACAACAAGAUACAUUGUUGCAAACAAAUACUUGUAAAAAUUCUCUAAAACAGCAUUUGCGAUCGUACUCAUGUUUAUCACGCUUUCGCGAGAAUUUCAAAUCUGUCAGAAAUAUCAAUGUAAUAUUAAACUUAUUAACGGUUAUUUGUAUUGCACACUUUCACACGGUAUUGUGAAACAAAUGUACUGUAGACGCACAAAGUUAUCUGUUAGCAUAAAAGUAAAUAUCUGAUUUUUCUGUUAUGUUAGCACAGAAAAGGCAAAAGUUCUGUAACAUGAUCGCUUUUCGUAUCACGCAGUCGAUUAAAACAAAUCGGUUUGACGGAUUCUCGCUUUAGUACGAUAUACACGAAUGUUCAACUCAAACAUAUUCGAUAAUGCAAGAGUUCUCGUCUUGUUUCCUUAAAUCCAAUAUAAAACAUAUUAUACGCACUAUAUUCUUCUCAUCACAGAUCUAAUAAAAGUAAAAGUCUAUCAAUACAUCGUGUAUAUAUCAUAUAGAAAAUUAGUUGUGCAAGUAUUUUAAUGUUUUUCCUUCGCCAUAAAUCCUUAUAAGUGGGAUGGCAGUCCCAUAUAUACUUUGCUAUACAAUACUUUGAUAGAGAGCAGAUUUGUUAAUAAUGUUUAAUUAAUAUCAACAUAUGACAAUGAGAGUGUUUGGCAAAGAAAACUAAAGAGAUGACGUGAAAGACGAUUAUAUAGUUUCCUAUAGAAGAGUCACAAAAAUAAUCGUGUCGUUCUACAUAGGCACUACUGCUCGUUUAUAACACUUAUACUAUAAACAAUAAUUAUUUACACGCGCAACGAAUUGUUCAUCGUAAUUCGAUGUAGCUUCUACAAAUCGAUUGUCUAAAAUUAAUACUUAUGUCCACUUUUUACACAGUCUCUCCGUUGUUACUUUGUUCUAUCAUGACUAAAUUGUCAUGCGGAUAGAAAGCUGUAUUAAUAUCAGUUAAUAUUAAUAAUAUAAAGCCGCGAUUAUUUAUAUAUUGACACGUUUUUUUCGUAUUUGCUACAAUCAUAACAAUUCCGCUAACAAGAUCCAUUAGACAACCGAUCGACUUGUAUAGCCUCGUGAAUUAUCCGCUACGUCUUUCUUAUGUACAUUUGUUCGAGAUUCGUAGUCGUGAUAAUAAUCUCAUCGGUGAUAAUCGGAUCGCGUGCUUAAAAAAAAAAAAAAAAAAAAAAAAAAAA